AUGGGUUCCGAGAAUAAAAGGAAAAACAAUUGGAAGAAUUCAUUCCGUUCUCCUUCUACCGGUGAAGCGUACUAUUUAAGAAUUCUUCUUAACAAAGUUAAAGGACCAACUUCGUUUGAUGAUAUUAAAACAGUUAAUGGUCGAGUGUACGAUACUUUUAGAGAUGCUUGCUAUGCGCUUGGUUUGUUGGAUGACGACUCUGAGUAUAUUGAGGCCAUCAAAGAAGCAAAUAUAUCAGGUAGUGCAGGUUAUAUUCGCAAUUUAUUCGCCACCAUGUUACUGUCAAGCACAUUAUCUAGACCUGAAGUUGUCUGGGAAAGCACAUGGAAGUAUAUGACAGAUGAUUUUCUGUACAGAUUCUCAAAGUAUCAUCGUGUUUCAGGUUUAUCAAUUCCUGAUGAGCAACUAAAGAACUACAUAACUUUCGCUGCCGAUUUGAUUAACGAAGAGCUUGCUUAUGACAGAACAGAGUUACAAAAUGUUUAUCAAGGUCAGGUGAAUUUGUUAACGGAUGAACAACGUGCAGUAUAUGAAGAAAUUAUGAACGCAGUUCAUGGAGACAAUGGAGGAGUAUUUUUUGUUUACGGUUAUGGCGGGACCGGUAAAACGUUUUUAUGGAAAACAUUAUCUGCUGCAAUUAGGUCAAAAGGUCAGAUUGUAUUAAACGUUGCAUCUAGCGGAAUUGCAUCAUUGCUGUUGGAGGGAGGAAGAACGGCUCAUUCUAGGUUUCAUAUACCUUUGAAUCUUAAUGAGGAUUCCGUUUGUCAUAUAAAACCAGACGAUGAUGUAGCUAAAUUACUACAGCAGACCAAACUCAUUAUAUGGGAUGAAGCUCCUAUGGUUCAUAAACAUGCAUUUGAGGCUUUGGAUAGAACUAUGCAUGACAUUUUCAAUAUAUCUAAUCCAUCCAGGCAAAUACUACCUGUUGUUCCAAACGGUGGACGUCAAGAAAUUGUGAAUGCCUCAUUAUGUUCUUCUUAUCUGUGGAGUAAGUGUAAGUUGUUGACGUUAUCUAGAAACAUGAGGUUAACUGUUGGAAGACCAUCAUCUGAAGUUGAAGAGAUUAGUAAUUUUGCAAAAUGGUUGUUGGACGUUGGCGAGGGAAAUGUUGGUGGUUCCAAUGAUGGAGAAGCAAUAAUUGAAAUACCACCUGAGCUUUUAAUUGAUAGCAUAUCUGAUCCAAUUUCUAGCCUGAUUGAUUUUGUUUAUCCGUCAAUCUUGGAUAAUUACAAUGAUCCUAAUUACUUUAGUACAAGAGCUAUACUUGCGCCUAAGAAUGAGGUUGUUCACGAGAUUAACGACAGAUUGUUGGCAGUUUCCCUGGUGAAGAAAAAGAGUAUCUUAGUUCUGACAGUCUAUGCCCUACUGAAGAUGGCAAUGUUGAUCAGCAAAAUAAUAUUCUCCUGA